AUCAUACGUGGGCUGAACGUCUAAGUUGAGUGUGUGUUUGUUUAAAAAAAACACUGUCCAGAAGUGAUGUAUAUGGAAUCUGGGUCAGCUGUAGCUGGUUAGUGCACUUCUGCAUGUGAGAGUAAAACACCGCAAUUUCAAAAAACCUUUCUUUCUCUCGUCUGGAAUAACACAUACUGGAACAUUACUUUUUCCUUUUUUUUUUUUUUUAAUUAUUAGUUAGCUUGGUUACUGUAUGGAGAAACUCAAUUCCUCAGUACAGCUUGGACCUAACAGAGGAAGACAAAAGCAGUUUUCAACUCCAACUGCAGAUUAACAAUCCACAGCAUCGGGUAAUAUAGAAGAAAAAGCAACUUGGCCUCUGGAUUUUCCAUCUACCACAGAAGCAAAUCAGCUGGAAGCCUUUUUUUCUUGUCUCUUCUGACAGUCAUUAUACUUGCUUUAAAAUGAAGAUAUUUAAAUGGACUUUGGGUGUCCUAUUGUUCCUGCUGUUGUCUAUUGGGCGCUGUACAGAACAAUCUACGUCAAAUAAAACAUCCCAACGGAGGCAUCCUCGUUCAGCAGACAGCGGAGAGGAAGGGAAGAAAUGUGGUUACACAUUCUUGGUCCCAGAACAAAAAAUCACAGGGCCAAUUUGCGUGAAUACUAAUGGACCAGGUACUGGUAACAGAAAAGAUGAAGUCACAAGAAUGGACAUAGAGAACUUGAAGGAUGUGCUGUCCAAGCAAAAGCGGGAGAUUGACAUUUUGCAGUUGGUAGUGGAUGUGGAUGGAAACAUUGUGAAUGAAGUAAAAUUACUGAGGAAAGAAAGUCGUAACAUGAACUCUCGGGUCACCCAACUCUAUAUGCAACUCUUGCAUGAGAUUAUUCGAAAACGUGAUAACUCACUUGAGCUUUCCCAACUGGAAAACAAAGUCCUUAACGUUACAACAGAAAUGUUGAAGAUGGCAACAAAAUACAAGGAGCUUGAAGUAAAAUAUGCAGCAUUGACUGAUCUUGUAAAUAAUCAGUCUGUGACCAUCUCCCUGCUGGAAGAGCAGUGCUUGCGAAUCUUCUCGCGACAGGACACCCAUGGGUCUCCACCUCUUGUUCAAGUUGUGCCACAGCACAUUCCUAACAGCCAACCAUACACUCCCAUUCUUCUGGGAGGUAAUGAGAUACAGCGAGACCCAGGUUACCCUAGAGACAGAGAUGUAAGACCACCACCUGAUCCAGCUACUUCUCCUACAAAGAGUCCUUUCAGAGUACCACCACUGGCUUUAAUAAAUGAGGGUCCAUUCAAAGACUGCCAACAAGCCAAGGAAGCUGGGCAUUCCAACAGCGGGAUUUAUAUGAUUAAACCCGAAAAUAGUAAUGAGCCAAUGCAACUAUGGUGCGAGAACAGCCUCGACCCUGGAGGAUGGGCAGUUAUUCAAAAGAGGACAGACGGAUCUGUCAACUUUUUCAGGAACUGGGACAGUUACAAGAAAGGAUUUGGAAACAUAGAUGGAGAGUACUGGCUGGGACUAGAAAAUAUUUACAUGCUUACCAACCAGGAUAAUUACAGACUAUUGAUUGAAUUAGAGGACUGGAGCAACAAGAAGGUUUAUGCAGAAUACAGCAGUUUCCGCCUGGAACCUGAAAGUGAAUUCUACAGGCUACGCUUAGGCACAUACCAAGGAAACGCAGGCGAUUCCAUGAUAUGGCAUAACGGAAAGCAAUUUACAACACUGGACAGAGACAGGGAUAUGUAUUCAGGCAACUGUGCUCAUUUUCACAAAGGCGGCUGGUGGUACAAUGCGUGUGCCCACUCUAACCUUAAUGGGGUGUGGUACAGAGGAGGCCACUACAGGAGCAAGUAUCAGGAUGGAGUAUUUUGGGCUGAGUACCGGGGAGGUUCCUACUCCUUGAAAGCAGUUCAAAUGAUGAUAAGACCUAUAGACUGAGAAGGAGUAUCCCACAGUGCUCAAGUGAUCACGCAUAAACUUCUCAGAGCUUGAGUUCCAGAAAAAUAAAAUGUUACUUUUUAAUCAUUAUUUUGCACAAUCUGCUCCUGCAAAAAGCAGGUCUACAGUUUUCCUGUCUUUUUUUCCCUGCUGUGUUCGCCUCUCCUUUUUUUAGAAACCUUUUCUACUGUGACAGACGGUGUUUUUUUUUAAACACACAUUCACAAAAGCAGAUGUUUAUGCUUGCAAAGCAUAUUUAUCUUUGUUCAAGUCCAGCAUACUUUAUGCAAACAGUCAUUAAAGCUGGUUAAAAAAAUCCAGAUAUAUGACAAGAUAUAAGCUUUUUCACUUAAAAAGCUUAUGCUUUUUUCAGGUUAACUCAACCCUUAAAUGUAAAUAUGUGAAAUGACAUUGUCUUGCUUUAAUGUGUAAAUUGAUUAGUUAUUUAACAAUUUAUUUAAAAAUGUUGGCAUUACUUUCAAUGAAAAUCUGACUUUAUAUUACUGGUUUAGGUUUAAGAUUUACUCCAAGAAGCUACACAAAAAUUGAAAAUAUUCUAGCUUUGCCAGCAGAGGGAUUUUUGCAACAAAUAAUCAUUUCAAUAUGAAGUGGUGAAUUAAAUAUAAAAUGUAAGAUUUCUUAGUCAUGUAGAGAAUUCCUUAGGAUCUGCAUAUCCUACCUUCUCUGUAAAACACUUAGGCAAAUUGUUCCUAACAUAAGAAAAAUUAAUUGUAUAUAAUUACUGAUCAGCUUAAGACAACCAAAUUGCUUAGUACUUUUUUUUUUUUUUACUUUCAACCUCAAUAUUCAAAGAUCCUAAUUAAACAAAGUAUUUCUUGAUGCUUUGAACUUAAAUAGCAAAAUGAAAAGUCCUGAUAUUAAAAUCAGGACUUGACACUUGGGAGACCUCUCCUCUGUUCCAAUUAGGAGUGAUUGAGGUCUGAACAAGUGUUCACACAUACUAAUUAAGAGAAGGAUCAAGUCACUGAACAUUAGAAGUUUUCCUCCAAGACAGCUUUCUGCUGACAUAAUAAAAGAAAGGUUAGAAAUCAGCUCCAAGGGUAUUCUUCCUGACACCCCAAACUUGGGCUGCUCUUAGAAGAUACACAUUUCCUUUCCUCUACAUGUAUAUAAAACUUUUGAUAAUGUCUAUAUUAAAUUUUCUACCUUCUAUAUAGCAAAUUUCCACUGAAAUUAACAUGUAAUUUAAGAAAUUGGUUAGAAAAUGUUUUUCCACCCUUUAACAAAAGUCGUACCACACUUCAUCAAAACAAGAUACUUCCAAAACCAUAAACAAAAUGUUUGCUUUAGGUACCAGAGUCUCCAAAACCAAAGCUUUCUUUCUAGUAUAUAAAAUUUAAUAAUUGUACUUAGUCACACAGCUUACCUAGUUUAAUUUGAUAUUACACAAAACCUAAUUAUGCUGUUCUGAACUGUAACCAAUGUAUUUGUUUGGCACCUCGUAUGUACCUUCAGGAUUUUAAAGAACUUUGCCCCUAUUUAACAUAAGAAACCCUAACAGCUAAAAGAAUAAUAAUAUUGUGAUGGUAAAUUAGUUGAUAUCAAUUGCUAUACAAAAUCUCAUUUGUAAUUUAGAGGAGAGAAAAUAGCAUUCUGCUUUCAAAACACAUUCCCUGGAGCAGAUAAAGCUUCAUUGACAAUACAGGGCUGCAAGGGUUGUAGUUAAAUUUUUGGAUGGAGAUCAAAGCCAACAACUCUCACCAAUAUUUAACUGGGGUUGCAGGGGUGGUUGGGUAGGUGGGGAAUCAGUCCCAGUAUGUUCCAUUCCUAAAUACCAAGAAUUUUAUCUGACACAAAUGUUUAAGAUAAUUAUGAAAUUGUUCUUCAUAUAAGGAAUAUUUGUUUGUUACAAAUAUUGUACAGACCUCAUGAAGUAAUCUAUAAAAAUGCUUUUUAAUUGCAAAUGCUUAAAAUUCAGACUAUUUAUAACCUGGGUUUUUUUUUUUGUUUUUUUUUUUUUUUUUUUUUUUACAGUAUCUGGACAGAAAAGCAGUUCAGGUAAAUUUAAAAGCUGAAAAUGCCCUCCAAAACAUUCCUUUAAUGAACACUUCUGACAGCUUUAGUUCAUUCAACCGAUAGAUUUCCUCUCCUUGGAAGAGAUCUUAUUUUACCACAAGGAUCUCUUGCCUGCUACAAAAACAGUGGUUGUUUAUUCAGUACAGUCAGUGAAAGGUAUAAUUUGCAGAAACCCAAAAGUAAAAUUAGCUUGCACUCAGCCUUUAAAUUAAAUCUUAUAUAUUAGGCAUGUAAAAAGUGAGACUUCCCCAAUUUAAAGCUGUAGGAUGACGUUAACUAAACAUUAUUACAAAAUAAACCCAGAAAGCUCAAACUGUACACAUGCUGUGCUAUUGAAAGAGAAGACUUAAUUGUUAGUUGCUGAUUUAAGAUUACAAGGAGGGAAAGCAUAGCAACUCUUUUUCAGGUUGGUUCACACUCUGUACAAUAAUUUACUACUUUCAAAUGCUUAUAACUCUAUUAGUUCUCAGCUUUCGGGUUGAAUUUCCUAAGCAGGGUAAAUGACUAAAAGUUCAAUGUUUUCACUCACACUUUUUUUAGAAAAGUUUAUCAAAAGAUGUUGCAGCAUCCCUCAAGCUUCUUGCACUGGACACUCAGCAGCAGCCUGGGAAGGAUAUAAUUUUCACCAUUCUUGUCCUAUCAGUCCAAACUUAACCAAACAGACCUUGAAAAAGUUUAACCUCUACUAAAUCUGAAACACAGUUUUCACAUAUAUUUCCAAAGUCUGUUGCAAGCAUUACCACUGAAGUAGCUGAAUAUUCAUCAGAUGAAUACUUCAGUAACCUGUUUUCAGCUUUUCUGUUUCUGGAUAUAACUCCCGAAAAACAGCUAUAAGAACGUAUUUCACAAGGUAAUACUGCUUAGUUAAAUAAAAAUCUUACUUCUCAAGAAGUGGCUCAAUUGUUUCAUUGUGCAAUCUCAAAUUAAUCAAAACUCCAUAAGACUCCCUAUAAGAAUGGGGUUUUAUUCUAAGGCAAAAUAUAGCAUUUGUUUGACUACUUUAGUUGGCCCAGUGAUAGAAAAGUGACAACAUGUCCCACACUGUGUAAUGAGAGCCAAAUGCUGAACAUUUUCAUUGGUGUGGUACAGCUCUUAGCCUUGCACACUGACGAUGUGCUGCUCUCAUUUGCAUUUCUAGAAGUCUGAAAUCACAUCACACCUAUUGCUGCAAGGAACUGAAAAAUAUUUUUAUUUCUCCCCCUAGUUAAACGUGGAAGGACAUCUUUACCUUGACCACAGUGAGCGAGCUGUGGUAAUAAGAAAACAAUUUGUACUUCUACUUUUCCCUUCCCAUUGCAAAGACUACACACAAAAAACCCCCCACCUUAUUUAAGUUUUACCUUUGAAUGUUAAGACGGUUGUGAAAAAACUCCACACCCACAUUUGAUAUUUGGUUGCAUAAGGGUAAACCCAGUAACCUCUAAAUGGUAAAGCAUUCAUCCUUGAAACCGCAGAUGAAAUUCCUUUAUAUGCUCAUUUUCCCUAUGACCUUCCAAACAGGGUUCUUCACGACGAGUGCCAGUACUUCUCCAGAGGGGAUUUGCA